AUGUCUCCAGCCGCAAUAACAGGAUCACCCUUACCACCCGUGGCUCAAGUCACUAAACCCCAACUUGAGGAUGUCGACGCUAUGGCCACGAUGGCACACCGAGGCAAGGCCCUACCCGGCAUCCCGCAAUUCGAUUCGCACGCAGAGAAGAGACAAUGGCAACUCGAGCAUAUGGCAGGAGCCUUCCGAGUAUUCGCUCGCGAAGGGUAUGCUGAGGGGAUCUCAGGACACAUUAGUGUGCGCGAUCCCGAAUUCGAAGAUCGAUUCUGGAUAAACCCUCUUGCGGUACACUUUGGUCUGCUGAAAGCCAGUGAUAUGAUCUGCAUUGACCUUGCUGGCGAUGUGAUUCAUAGCUCAGUGCAUCGGGCUCGAAAGGAUGUGCAUGCCAUAUGUCAUACUCACUCAGUCCAUGGUCGGGCCUGGUCUGCAUUUUCAAAGCCUCUUGAUAUGAUUAAUCAAGAUGUCUGCUACUUCUACAAAGCUCAUUCGGUAUACUCUGACUAUGGCGGCAUUGCCAACGAAGCUUCUGAAGGACAGCGUAUUGCUCAGAGUCUGGAAGGUGGGAAAGCUGUUAUUCUAAUGAAUCAUGGUCUGUUGACAGUGGGUCAAACAGUUGAUGAGGCAGCUUCUCUUUUCUGCUUGAUGGAAAGAAGCUGUAAGAUUCAGUUGCUUGUCGAUCAGACUGAGCUUGAGAAGCACAUCGUGAGUGAUGAAGAGGCUGCUUACAAUUUCAAGAUGGCGAGCACUCCCGAGUGUCUAUAUACCGAAUUUCAACCUCAUUACCAGUAUGAGGAGUCCUUGUCCUGUGGAAAUUUCAAGGCCUAA